GUGACGUCAGAGCCCGGUUGUCUUCCUGUGAGCAGGUGAGGAGACAGAGCAGCGGAGCGGCGACACGCGGUGAACUCUUCUUCCUGAGAAUCUCGCACUGACCGCGGCUGAAGAUGCCUUCAUCCUCCUCUUCCUCCUCUUCCUUCCUGGGCCCCCUCGUCCUCUCCCUCCUCCUCCUCCUGCCGCUGCUGCGGCGCGGCGGAGCGGCACCGGACGCGGACUGCAGCGAUCCUUUCCGCUCCGGUCAGGACGACUUCGUGCUGGACGCGGAGGACGCGGCGAAGGAGGGAGCGGCUCUGCUGGCCACUGCGCAUGUGCAGUCCCCGGAGGCCUGUGAGCGCGCGUGCUGCUUGAAUCCGCACUGCAACCUGGCGCUGCUGGCGCCGCGCGGCACCGCAGGGGCGGCGGCGGCGCACAACCGCACCUGCGCCCUGUUCAGCUGCGUCCACAGAAACCGAUUCGUGUGCAGGUUCGUGAACCAGGUCGGGUACCGGAGCUACAUCCGGGAGUCCGUGUUCCAGAGGCACCUGGCGGGGCCGCAGGGGACAGGUGAGCCCAUCGCCAACGCGGGUGGUGAUGUCAUCGUUCAGCCAGGUGAGACGGUGACGCUGGACGGCAUCGAGAGCUUGGCACUGGGCGACGCCCACAUCAGAGACUGGCGCUGGCGCGUGCAGAGCGGCGAGGCCGGCGUCAAGAUGGAGGACACGGAUCUUCCUGAUCAAAUGCGGCUCUCGAACCUGCAGCCCGGAGAGUACGUGUUCCAGCUGACCGUCACCGACUCCAACGGCCAAUCAGACGAUGCCGAGGUCACCGUCCACGUCCUCAGCCCAGAGCGGUCUAGCUUGUUCUGUCUGGCGCCAGUGAAGGUCGGCCCGUGUCGCGCUGCGUUUCCUCGCUGGCGUUACGACGCUGUGACGGGGGGCUGUGAGCAGUUUGUGUUCGGAGGCUGUAAACAAAACAACAACAACUACCUGAACAAAGACGAGUGUUUGCUGGCCUGCAGAGGAGUGACAGUGAUGUCAGAGAGAGGCGCCACUCUUCCCUCGACAGAGGUAUGUGGGUCGGAGUGUCGUUCUGAUCAGCUGAGCUGCAGUAGCAGCUGUUGUGUGGACAGAAGUCUGGAGUGUGAUGGUGUGAAGCACUGCAGCGACGCAUCUGACGAGGAGCACUGCAGCAAACUGAACCAUACCUUCACUCACCUGCUGAGCAUCGACGUCAACCAGAGGAAAGCGCGGUGUGCAGAGCCCCCCCACACUGGGCCAUGUAGGGCGAGUCACACGCGCUGGUACUACGACCCCCUGGACAGGAAGUGCCACCGCUUCACCUACGGUGGUUGUCAAGGAAACGAUAACAACUUUGAGGAAGAAAACAUGUGUGAUGACACCUGCGACGGAGUGACAGAGAGCAGCGUCUUCUUCAGAGCCAUGUUCGACCGUUAUGAGACAGACGAGGAUGACAAAGACGACUCAGGCUCCAUAGCGCUGGCUGUGAUCCUGUCGGUGGCCAUCUUGGCUCUGUUGGCCAUCCUGACCUACUGCUUCCUGAAGAAGAGGAGGGAGUGCUCCCAUAGGCCCGUCGCCACAGGCCCCGCCCACGUGGCACUGUCAGAGCAGGACACGCUGGUUUACAACACCACCACCAAACCUGUAUGAUGUCAUCAGCUCACCUCUGUGACAUCAUCACCACUGUCCCCAUGACGACCAAAGACCUGUGCGCGGUUUAUAUAUUUUACUUGUUUCCAGUGUGAAACCGUUUGUGGUAAAAUUUCUCCUCUUCCUUUCAAAUGUAAAGUGGAUGAUUAUUAUCAGUCCGUCAGUAUUGUGGAAGGUUCACAUAUGUGUAUUGAUUCAGUGUAUUGAUUGUAAUCAGCACUGAUAAGAUUGUUUGAACGUUGAGAUGCUCAGUGAGUAUUUUUCAUAUGACUUUUGUGUUUGUUCGGGUCUCAGGUUUGAUUUUUAUUUUAUUCAGAUUUUAAAUGUUUGAUGACUGUAAAUAUAUAAAGUUUAUCUCAGGUGGUUGAUAUUUACAGUGACGAGGUCAGAGGUCACAUCACUCAGGUGAAACAAUUGAACUGGUGCGACAUUAAGAGAAAACUGAAGAACGACUGAUGUAUUUCCGUUUGCCCAGAAAGUAAAAAAUACUUCAACACCCAGAAUGCACCAGGCAUGUCACCUGCGAUUGGACAUAAGCUCCAGUGUCAGACGACAGAGGGAGGGUUCAGGUCAGGGCAGAGGUCAGGGUUCAUUGUCGUUGCAGAACUGAGUGAAAAUCAGGGAACAGUUUUUUAUGACAAAAUAAAGUUUCUUUGAUUAUUGUUUCAAAAA